AUGCCCUUUGCAUUUUUCUACCCCAAAAACCAAGUUAAUGCCAUCCCAAAGGGGCCUAAAACACUAUCAAAUCUUCUAGCAAACUCUUUGUCAAAAACAUUAAGUUAUUACUAUCCAUGGGCUGGAAGUCUAAAAGACAAUGCUACUAUUGAGUGUGAUGACCAUGGUGCUGAGUUAUUACAAGUCCAAAUCAAUUCUCCAAUGGACAAAGUUGUUGAUUCAAAUGUCAAAGAUUUGACAUUUCCUCAAGGUGUACCUUGGGCAAAUGGUGUUGAUCGCGCCUUAAUUGUAGCUCAAUUAAGUCAUUGUGAUUGUGGAGGAAUAGCACUCGGUGUUUGCUUGUCGCACAAAAUAGGAGAUGGAAGUAGUGUCUAUUGCUUUUUGAGAGAUUGGGCUGCAUUAACUCGAAGUUCAAAUACAAACCCACCAUCUCCUUAUUUUGUCGAGGACUACAUUGUACCAUCGCCCAUUGGUUUCCCCUGUUUUUGA